CAUUGUAUCAAGGGCUCCCAUGGACUGGGCAUUUCGGCUUUGGGCCUUCCUCGAGGCGCCGGCGGAGCUGCCGGCGCGCUGCGCCUGCCGAGCCCUCGCAGAGUCCACCGGGAAGCAGCUGCUGGUGCUCCCCCACCUGCGGCUGCAGCUGAGCGGCUUGCGCUGGGCGACCGAGCAUGUGCGCCUGGACAGCGUGCGCUCGCUCAUCGUCGAGGCUGAGGGCGGUCCGGCAGAAGGCCUUGCGCAGGCGUUGUGCUGGUUCGCCAAGGCGGGCUGCGCGGAGUGGCUCGGCCGCCUCCUCCGCGAAGGCCCCUCGUCCACCGCGCUGGCCGCGGCGCUGCGGGCGGCGGCGGAGCAGGGCCGGGGGCCGUGCCUGCGGCGGCUGCUGGAGGCCUCCGCCUCGGUGCACGCCAUGGAUGAGAACGAUUGCACGGCGCUGCACUGGGCUGCGGACAAGGGCCAUGCGGAGGCGUGCAAGGUGCUGUUGGCCGCCGGCGCUCGGCUGGACGACAUAGACGACGAUGCGUGGACGCCCUUGUGCCUCGCCGCAGAGGAGGGCCACCUGGAGACCUGCCGGGUGCUGCUGGAAGCGGGCCAACUUAAAACCAAGCAAGGCCAUGACAAGGUGAACCUCCCGGACGAGGAUCUGCGGUCGCCCCUUUGGUGGGCCGCCUGGCGCAGGCACCGGGAGCUGGCGGCUCUGCUGCUCAGCUUCCGCGCGGACCCUGAGCAGGGCGACCGCCACGGGGUGUCGCCCAGGGAGAUCCUCAUGGACGAUGCCCUGGCGAACGCUGAGGAGGGAGCCGCGAGAAAAAGCGCGACCCCCCCGCAGUCGUGCGCACCGGAGCCCCUAGCCGCGUCAAGCGCGGGCGGCGGGGCGCGGGGCGGGGGGCGGGUUGGUCCGGUGCCCAUGGAUCGCCCGGAGGGCGCAGUGCUGCUCAGCUCGGGCAGCCGCAGCGCGCCGAUAAACCUCAGGCCCGGGCACGCCCUGCACGAGGCGACGCUGCCACUGGCGCUGCUGCUGCAGGAGCUGCUGCCGCAGGUGCGGCGCCGGCGGCGGAGGCGCUACGAGGAGAAAGAAGCGGCCAGCGAGCCCGCGGAGUUGGACGAGGCCAUCGGGUUCUGGCGCAGCAGCCGUUUGGCGGAGCACCAGAUCUCCAGCUCCUUGCUGCGAGAAGGGCCGGAGUACUUCAUCUCCCACCUAUGGCAGCCGGCGGACCAGGCGCAGAGCCGGGAGACCUACGCGGAGGAGAAGACGGCGCUGCUGAAGUCCUGGGCGAUCACGCACAAGGCGCUGCUGGGGGAGGACAGGCAGAUCCGGACUCCCUGGUUCCUUUUGGAGACCGAGCAGGACCGGCGGAUGGCGCUCCUUGACCCCAAGAACGCCUGGCACAACAUGCGCUGCUGGGUGGACAAGGCGUGCGCUCAUCGAGGCUUUCCCGGCGCAGCGCCUCCUCAAGAGGCCUUGCGAGCCACCAAGGCAGCGAUGGCCCACUGCCGGACCUUCCUGGCGGUGCUCAGCCACGGCGGCUAUUUCCGCCGGCUUUGGUGCUGCUAUGAGUGGGCCUUCUUUGCGGCGCGUGCGGCGCCGCACUACCGCAGCCUGGAGGUUCUGCUGCCCGAAUCCCUGCAACAGCCUGGGCCCUGGAAGGAGCUGCUGCGGAGCGUGGCGGGGUUUCGCCUGGAGGAGCUGAGGUGCAGUGGGGAGACCAUGAAACUGGAGCUCUGGCAGGACCUCAAGGAGUUGGCUGUGGACGAUGACGGCUUCGAGGGCUUUGUGAGGGCCACGGCGCUGGCGCUGCUGACGCUGCAGGCGCUGCUGCGGCAGGCGGAGACCUGCGCCGCCUUCGGCAGCGCCUCGUUGGAGGCGGCCUCCGAGGCCUGCGAGGUGGCGGGGCUGCGAGGGCUGGGGAAGAUCCUGAACACCGCCCAGCCCAUGAUCUGGUGGCGCAGCGCGUACCGGCAGCAGCGCACUGAGCGCCAACGGAUGGCUCGGGGAAAACCGGGAGAAGACCCCAGGCCUCCCAGAGCGCGAUCCUUUGGAAGCGUUGGCGCGGUUUGUGGACCGGAAGUUCUUCGACCGAGAGCCAGACCCGGAGCCGGGCGAGGCGGAGCUGCAGGAGGAGGAUGCUGA